AUGACCCCCACACUGCACCCUGGGCCACAACGUUCAACACCCGUUCGUGUGCCAGCAUUAGAUACUAUCCUCCAACGGGAUGUCAAUGGGGAUGAAAAUGAAGAUGUAGCACCAGAUGUCAUCCCUGAUGCUGCAGCACGACCCACUUCGAUCACAUCCUCAAAAGUCAGCGGUGGCGAAUUACCUCCCAACUAUGUCAAGUUCGAGGUGAUGCUCCUGUACCUUCGACAGCAACAACUUGAAAAGCGUUGGGCAACAGAAAGCACCACGACCGAGGGUGUAAUCUUGAGAAGAGGGAAAGACGAUUAUAUCUGCAGACCAUUAGAAUUGGCCAAGCAUGUGAAUGGAUUCUACGACGAAGCCACGAAGCUCAAUAUCAAAGUUGCGAUAACAGUCAGGACUACAGUCAUCCAGACGUUUCUCAGCUCGUAUAAACACCAACAUGUACCUUUUCCCAACGGCCAACGUCUUCAUAUCAUUGACAGCAUCAACGAACUCUCCUUCAGCAAAAGACACUACUAUGCAGCGUUCGCCCGGGGCCAGGGACUUCUGGUGGUCUGGGACGAGGAUCCUACUCUCUUGUUUGAUAGAGCAGAGCACAUCCAGAAAUACAUUGUCAACCUGUUAUGGACCGCGGGAGAUAUUGCUGGUGACCGCGAGGAUGAGGCCGAAUUUGAGGAUGAGAAAUCCAUGAUUGACAGGCAACCAAAAGAGCUCGAGCCUGGCUACACUAUAGACUCUGAGGCCUUCCAUGGUGAGGUAUGGGAGAAACCUAGAAAAAUCAUGCUCUACCAGUCGAUGCUGGUGGGGCUGGUCGCAAUUCUGACGAUAUUUUGUAUGGCAAUCGGAUGGAGAAUCCUUGCUAUCGAAAUCACCAUCGACCACAGCUACGUCAGACUGGCGCUUCUGCUGGCUGCUCCCUUGGAAGCGUGGCUGGGAUGGUUUUUCUUCAUGGCACUCAUCAACGGUGUUGCUCAGAUGAUUGGCCCCGUUGCUCAGCUCGCUACAAACUCCAGGUUUUACUCCUCAAGACCCCCGGUUCGUCUGACGAGGAAAAAUCUUCCUCAUGUUACAAUCCAAUGUCCGGUCUAUAAGGAGGGCCUCGAGGCCGUCAUCCAUCCUACUAUGGUCUCAAUCCACAAAGCCAUCUCGACGUACGAACUCCAAGGGGGCAGCGCGAACGUUUUGAUAAAUGACGAUGGGAUGCAACUUAUCCCUGAGGACGAUGCUCUUAAGAGACUGAGGUACUACGAAGAUAACAACAUUGGCUGGAUUGCCCGUCCUAAGCAUCAGCCCAACGGGGACGAAAAUGGUGACCACGCCUACGUACGCGCGGGCAAGUUCAAGAAAGCUUCGAAUAUGAAUUACUGUCUCGACGUAAGCAACCGGGUCGAAGAUAAAAUGGCCCAAACCGCACGUACGACGAUAUGGACUCAGGAAGACGAAAACCUGCUCUAUCAGGGUUGUUUCGACGAGGUUAUCAAAGAAGACCACGGUCGGACGUGGGGUAACGGCGACGUACGAAUAGGCGAUUACAUACUGCUCAUUGACUCGGACACGCGCGUUCCAAAGGAUUGCCUCCUCGACGCCGUUUCCGAAAUGGAAUCGUCGCCUGAAGUCGCCAUCAUCCAGUUUUCGUCGGGUGUACUGAAUGUCACGACCAGUUUUUUUGAACGCACCGUCACCUUCUUCACCAACUUGGUGUACACUGCGAUUCGAUUCGCCGUUGCCAACGGCGACGUCCCAGCCUUUGUGGGACACAAUGCCAUUCUCCGGUGGUCUGCGAUUCAAGACGUCCAGUACUCUGACGCUGUCACAGGUACCGAGAAAUAUUGGGCUGAAAACACCGUGUCGGAAGACUUCGACAUGGCCCUCCGUCUUCAGGCCCGAGGGUACAUCCUGCGCUUCAGCACCUACUGCGGCGACGGGUUCAAAGAGGGCGUCUCGUUGACCGUCUACGACGAACUGGCGCGGUGGGAGAAGUACGCCUACGGGUGCGCCGAGCUUAUAUUUCAGCCGUUUCGAUACUGGCUUGUCCGCGGGCCCUUUACGCCCAUGUUCCGGCGAUGGAUGACGAGUCCGAUGAGUCUGAUGGGCAAAAUCACCAUCGGGAGUUACAUCGGCACGUAUUUUGCGAUCGCGUCCGCGUGGCCACUCACCAUCAUGAACUACUUUCUCAUCGGCUGGCUGAACGGACAUAUCGACCAGGCGUACGUGGACAGCUUCAAAAUCUACUUUGGCAUCGUCGUCGUCUUCCAGGCCCUGGGGUCGGUCAGUCUGGCCGUGCUGCGGUACCGGACGGAGAACCGGUCCAUUCUGGGCUCGCUGACGGAGAACUUUGCCAACCUCCUCCUGCUGACCGUCUUCCUGGGCGGCCUCAGCUUGCACGUGUCCCAGGCCAUCUUGGCGUACCUGUUCAGCGUCGACAUGACGUGGGGCGCGACGGCGAAGGAGGCCGAGCACACUUCGUUCUUCCGCGAGGUCCCCGUCAUUCUGAGAAAGUUCAAGUUCACAUUCUGCUUCUGCAUCGCCUCCACCACGACCAUGAUCGUUCUGGCCGGCGUCGGACCCGUGGGAGCCCUGGUCCCCUACGAUUGGAGGAUCACCACCUUCACUGCCAUCUUCCCCCUGGCCAUCUUGACCGCCAAUCAUUUCUUCUUGCCGCUGGCGCUUAACCCGGGACUGAUGCAGUUUACGUUUUAG